AUGGCGGCUUCCACUGGUAGCGUUAAAGGAGCGGAGCUUUCCAAGGCUGAGUAUCUAAAACGUUAUUUAUCAGCUGACGAUAAUUCAAAUAAGUCGAAAGGGAAGAUAAAAAAGAAGCGACGCAAGGUUCCUGAGAGAGGACUGAAAAUAGUGGAUGAUGACAUUGACUGGAGGCAAAUGGUCCAAGAGCAGGCGGAGAUUGAAGAGGAUGAAGAAGAGGCUCCAGUGAUUGCUGAAGUCAUUGAUGAUCGACCAGAGGAAGUGAAACAACUUGAAGCCUUUAAAAGUGGCAGAUGGAAAGUAGUUGGAGCGGAUGAAGAUGACGACGGAGAGGAAGAGAGAAGAAAAGAGCAUGGAGAGCCACUGGCAUCAGGAGAAAGUAAUCUAGAUUCCCCAGAAAUAACAUCAAAGGGAGGGAGGCAUGACUCUCCUGUUAGGAAAAAAAGACACGACUCCCCAGACGUAUCUCCCCAAAGGAGAGGCCGCCAUGACUCCCCAGACGUGUCCCCCCCAAGGAGAGGCCGCCAUGACUCUCCAGGUUUGUCACCACCGAGGCAACCAUUAGGGAAGCUAAAAAAGGAGCACAGUAAAGGAAAAAAUUUGUCUCCCGCAAGAGGAAAACCAAACAAAAAACAUUUACCUGAUACUCAUCAAUCAACUGUGGCUAAAAAAUUGCAGAAAAGACAUGAUUCAGAUUCUGAUCAGUCGCCUCCACGAAAAAGAACACUGAAGCGAGAAGCAUCAGAUUCAGACCAGUCUCCUCCGAGGAGGCGCUCCAAAGCGAAACGUGGCUCUGAUUCUGAUCAGUCUCCCCCCAGGAGGCGGCCAGGGAUUGAAAAGGACUCAGAUGGAGAUUUAUCACCACCUCGUAGACCUGGCCACUCACAGGAUAACAGGAUGCUUUCUGGCGGAAAAGCAGGCUUGAUUUCUGUCGAUGUUUUGAGAAAAGAGCAAGAGGAAAACCGACGCAGAGAAAAAAAAAAUCAACCACUAGAAGCUGAAUCCCGCAAUACCGAGACAAUUUUCCGAGACAAAAGUGGUAAAAAGAGGGAUUUGGAUUCAGAGAGAGAAGAGCAAAAGAAAAAAGCUGGAGAGAAAGCAGCAAAGGAUGAGAAAUAUGCUCAGUGGGGCAAAGGGUUGUUUCAGAGCCAGAUGCAGCAGCAGAAACUUGAAGAUGCUGUUCAUGAAGCCCAGAAGCCACUGGCGCGUCACUAUGAUGAUGAGGAUCUCGACCGCAUGUUGAGAGAGCAGGAAAGGGACGGCGAUCCAAUGGCUGCCAUGCUUCGCCGGAAAAAGGACCGCAAUCCAAAAGCUCAAGAGAAACCCCGCUAUCAAGGCCCUCCACCGCCCCCAAACCGGUUCAACAUUCUGCCAGGUUAUCGCUGGGAUGGAGUUGACAGAUCAAAUGGAUUUGAACAGAAACGCUAUACACGGAUUUCUGAGAAGAAAGCUGUCCAAGAGGCAGCUUAUAAAUGGAGCGUGGAGGAC